UCAAGCCGCGAUUUCCGGUGGCGAGAUGGCUUCGGUGUAGCCCAUCGCGUGCGCUCGCACGCGCGGGCGUGGAGAGAUGCCGCCCCGGUCCGCGGCGGGUGGAGGUGACUUCGCCGCGGGUCCUCCAGAGAGAAGGAGGUUGGCCACAGAGGAUGAGGCUUCAAUCCAUUGUGGUGGCGCGCUGCCGCCCGAACCGAUGCCCUGUUCGGGGCUUUGUGUGGAGUUACUCUUCCUCGACGAGGAUACUGCUGAGUAUGACGAAGAGCGGCGGUCCAGCGCCAAGGGAUUGGUGGCCAGCUUGCAGCGCCAGCUUGGGGACGCCGGAAGCCACCUGCGCCGCAAGAGCGCCUUCGGUUCGCUGGUCUCGCGGGGAGCCUUCGUCCGCAUCUUGAGCUACGAGCAGAUCUCCCCCCGGCGCCAGACGUCGAUGGUGGCGGCGACGGCCUCCGAGUGUGUGAGCUCGUGGUCCAGGCCUGGUGUGGUACCCGAAAGAGCCCUGGCGCCGCCCCCUCGUGACGCAGGCGGUGUGGGGGCGGAGAAGCACACGGUGCCGAAGCUCCACUUGCGCAGCUCCGGGCCCUUGGCACUGCCGACGGAUGGCUUGGGCGCCGCGUUCGCUGCGCUCUUCUCCUGGAUGCCUGGCUGUAGCACUUCUCUGUGUCGUGCUGAACCGACGGACACGGUGCGCGUUGGCACCAUGCCGCAAGCUGCCCCCUUCGAUACACAGGUCGAAGGGAAGGCAGAAGCUGGCCUUGGCGGCUGGCCCUUGUCGCUUCCCGAGGUUCAUGUGGCCUUCCUGAAUGCGAGUGACCUCCGCAAGUCGGCGCCCAGCCUGGCGGCCUCGCCAGGCACCUCUCCGCGGCCAAGCGGUACCGAGGGUCCUCCGGAGUUUCAACGUGCUGCCAUCGAGCUGGACGAAGACGAGCUGGUGCUGCUUUGCCCCGCUCUGCUGAAGUCCGUCUUGGGCGGAACGCCUUCGACGGCGUCCAGCAAAGUCUCGGACGCGUGGCCAGCGCCGGGGCGCUUGGUGUGUCCUCGCGCAGGUCUUUCGCGCAUGCGAGGCUUGAGAGCUCAAGAGCUCAACAAUGCACCCACCCCCCAUGUCUUGGAGUUCGAGGUCGUCAGCGGCGGCCAGCGCUUUCGGCUGCUGGCUGCCUUGCCCAACGGCAAAGUGGCCGCGAGGUUCCGCGAAGCGAGUCAGGCUCCUGCACAACAAGCAACGCCUACACCCAGGCCUUGCAAUGGUGUGCGAUGUGAGCUUCGCAUCAACGCACAGCUCCGCUUGGAGUCCAAUAGGGACUUUCAGAACUGUGCGGCAGUGGUUCGUCGCGGCAUCUGCGAGGCCACGCACGUGAGUGCGGAGCGUGUCCUGGUUCAGAGGAUUUGGAUGGAAUCGUCCAACUUUGAUGCUUGAGCGCAUCGCGAGCCGCAGAUGUCCCAAAGAUGAUUGGCUCAGAACACAAAACUCGUCGGGUGGCGCGGAGUUUGCCUGAAACGUCGAGUUUGGUGUUUUCAAGACGCAUGGAUACAUCUGGCUUUGCUUGGGGUGA